CCGCGGCUGCGCCCCCUGGCGGAGGCGGCGGGCGCGCAUGCGCAGAGGCGGCGCCUCACGGGCGUGCUCAGUGCGCAUGCGCCCGUCCCGCCCGCCUCCUGCCCCGGUACUUCCGCCUCCGGGGUACCGGCGCGGCGGGCACCGGCGGGCGGCGCGGGGCUCCGGGGCAGAGGGCAAAGCCAUGUUCCGGGCGCUGCUGCCCGCCCGCUGCCCGCGCUGCCCGCGCCCCCCGCCGUGCCGCCGCCUGUCGGCCCCGGCUCCCCCGGCGCGGCCGGGCCUGGGGGCGCGGCUGUGCGUGGUGGCGGGCGCGGGCGCGGCGGCGGGCGCGGGCUGGCUGUACCUGCGCGCCGAGCGGGAGCGGCGGCGGCGGGAGCGGCGGCGGGCGGAGCUGCGGGCGCUGGCGCUGGGCCGCGGCGAGUUCCGGCUGCAGGACCACGCCGGGCGCCCGCGCCGCAUGGGCGACUUCCGCGGGCGCUGGGUGCUGCUGUACUUCGGGUUCACGCACUGCCCCGACGUCUGCCCCGAGGAGCUGGAGAAGCUGGGCCGGGCGGCGGAGCUGCUGGAGCGCGACCCGGCGCUGCCGCCGCUGCAGCCGCUGUUCGUGACGCUGGACCCCGAGCGCGACGACGCGGCGGCGCUGGCGCGGUACGUGCGGGACUUCCACCCGCGGCUGCUGGGGCUGACGGGCGGCGCCGAGGAGGUGCGGGCGGCCGCGCGGGCGUACGGCGUGUACGCGGCGGCGGGGCCGCGGGACGAGGACGGGGACUACAUCGUGGACCACAGCGUGUUCAUCUACCUGCUGGGCCCCGACGGGCUCCUGCUCGACUGCUACGGCCGCGCCAAGACGGACGCGCAGAUCGCGCAGAGCGUGCGCCGGCACAUGGAGACCUACGAGCCCGUGCUCCAGGCCGGGGAAUAAAGCGCGCGUGCGA